UUUUCAGUAUUAAGUGCGGCAGUGGCAUCAAAUUUAGCCGCACUUUGGUCACACUACUGAUUGACUUUGUUUUUGUUUCAACAUGGCAAAGUUUUUCGGCAUCAACCGGGUGAGCAAGCUUUUUCAAAUCAUCCGAGAAGCUGGUGGACUUAAGCAGACGUUUCUUAAGCUAUACAGGAACGAUGACCUAAAGAUCGGAACCCUGGUGGGCAUCGACAAGUACGGAAACAAGUACUUUGAGAACCCGUACUACUUCUAUGGCCGGAAUCGCUGGAUCGAGUUUGCCCCCCAUGUAAACAUGGACUAUGACGGUUCCCAGAUCCCCGCCGAAUGGUACGGCUGGAUGCACUACAAGACCGAUCUUCCGCCUAUCCGAGAUGGCUGCCGUCCCACCUACAAGUGGAUUGCGGAUCACAGCGAGAAUCUUUCCGGCACCAAGGAUGCCUACUAUCCCUACUCCACCACGCCCAACAAAGUUGAAGCUUGGGAUCCCAAAGCAAAGAAGCAGUAGUGUGUAUGGCUUAUUAAUAAUUUUAAAUUUCAAAUGGCUGCGAUUGAAGAAUGCACGCAAUUGUGUUAAUAAAUUCAAUUUCGUUUA